CCAGACACAACAACACAAUCCUUUCCUUUUUUUUUUUCUGUCUUUCUCUUUCAUCCCACAGCCAGCCAGCCGCCGUCAAUCAAACAAGCAAGCAAACCCAUUUGAUUCCUUUCAGUUCACUCAGAAAUAACAUGGAGUGGUAUUUUGAAAACCAAGUUGAAGAUCUUGUUGUUCCAAAAGAUUAUGAACAACAAGAAGAAGUGGUGACAUCACCAGAAAGUUGGUCACAAUGGGGAAUGACUGCUUUCCCCAGGAAGAAUUUCGAUUCCAACGCAAACAUGACCCGUGAAGAACUCGCCUUCAACGGAGGCAAAAACUUUUACACUUCAAUUGACAAUGAAAGAUCAACAUCCAACAAUUCAAGUAUGAACCAACAACUGUACAACAACAAUGGGGGUUCACUUUUGUGGAACAAUCAAGCGGAUUUUCAACAGUUUACUCAAGAAGAAGCUAGGAUCAAUCAUAUGGAUGACAUCUUCUUUAAUUCGUUGCUUGAAGAAGAUCCCACUAGAGAUUCAACUGAGCCUCAGGACAAUACAAUUAAUGGGAACAAUACUAACAUGUUUGAUAGUGAUAUGCUUGACUCACAAAAUGUUGGAAGCCAUGGGCUAAGCACUGGAAGCUCGAAAUAUCUCAAGACACAUGCCUUCUCUCCAUCAACAGACUGGGUUAAUGAAGAACUUGCAACAACUUGUCAAAUGCCUAAGCAUUGUAUGAGCGAUGAGAACUCAAUGGAAGAAUCAGUACUGAAUGAUCUUGAAAGGGUGACUGCACAGUUCACAGACAAAACCCGAAUCUGCUUCCGAGAUGCUUUGUAUCGCCUGGCAGAAAGCUCAAAACUAUCAAUAAACUCAUUCCAGGAUGGAGAAGCUAUGAUGACUUCUGAUGAUGAUACAAUGAGGGUUGGAGAAAUAGAAACAGAAGAUUCAGAGUCAAAGACAAACGUCAUUGACAGAGCUGUUGCCAAUCUCAUGUUCAAUAGAUUCGAUUAUGAAGAUGAAAUCAACGAUCAGCAACAUCAGAUAGAUUACAACAAUGAUGCAGAAGUCCCGAUUGGGGGUAUGCAGGAAUUGCCACAACCAACUAUUCAUUAAAUCAUUUACCUCCAGAGGUGUACACUCUUUUGUGAUCCGGAGGUCGGUGGUUCGGAUCAUGAAAACCAUAUCUUUUGCAGCUACCCCAUGGGACAUGUCAGUAGGCCUCCGGUCCAAUCCUGCAUUUUGGUGCAUAGGGGUUAACCCCCAAGUGGUGGGUUUUAUGUGAAUAUGUUGCAGUUAACUAACUAAAUACAAUAUGGAGGGUGCUGGAACUGGUUUGCACCGUCUAAUUUUGAGUGGUGUUUGUUUUGAACAUUUUUGUGGUGAAAACAUGAAAUCUGUAUGUAAUAUAUCUAGUCAACGGAUUUAUCCUUUAGCUUUUAUAUAUACAAGCGAUGUUCUCUUUGUUCGGCA